GUCGUCAUUGCAGGGUCUCGCAAUGCCACUUGCCAAGAACCCUGCGACACCGCCACGAUUGCAUCGAAAAAAGGAAAGACUCGAGAAAAAGGGAAAGAAACCAUCAUCAUCACCAUCAUCACCAUCCAAAAAACCACCUGUAACAAAAGCAAUCUCGGCGCUCCGGGUGGAUGGCCACCAGACCGCAACAACGAAGAUGACAGGACAGGCAGCAAGAAAAGGCGCCACUCACGGCCACGCCUAGUGCCACAGGCAAUACUGCACCUGAUGUGUGAUGCGACCACCGGCCGUCUUUCUUGCAGCUGGCCAAAUCUCAUCUUGCUGCACGACGAAAUUCUGGUUGAGUAUUCUCACUCCGCUCAUUCUACGCCUGUAAUUUUCGAUCCCAUACGCAAAGAGCGGAGCGCCGGUCUUUGUUGCCCAACCAGAAAAGCGGAACACACAAGCUCGAUCUCUGCCCCUCCAUCAGCUAGGUUGCUUUUUGUUCCUCUCUCUCUCAUAUUGCUGCACCUCUUUUUCGUUUUUGCGUCUUACAGCCCUCUUUUCUCUUACACUUCAGCGCGCCAGGGGUAUUUGUUUCUUCGCAGCUGUCGUGUUUCUUACCCACCCUCUCGGACGCAGGUGCUCAGGCCAGAGGCAUAGAGAGACAGAGAGAGAGAUGUUGAUGCUGUGCUUGAUGCCAUCAUUUCGCAGCGGCGAUGCUACCGGUGAUGCUACCUUGAAGCUUUGAUACUGUGCAACUG